GUAACCAUGGUUUUAUUUUGAAGGCUGAAAGCGACCCGGUAGUUCGUCGUCUUUGUUCUCGUAAUGAGCGGGGAAACCGUUCAGGCGACCUUUUUGUGCUUGCUAGGAGUGCUCUUAGUGGUACCUGCCUUCCCUUAGCUUUAAGUGGACACGGACCUUUCUCUCCACAGUGGACAUUUGAGGCACGACGUCCUGAAGCAGAGCAACUAGUCUGUUUAUCGAGUUACCUCAUGCUAACGAGUAGCGCUAGCUGGGUUCUGACAAAGCAGCUAACAGCGGCGAAGGUGAGCUUUUAGCUACUGACUUUUAUCACUGACAGGUUUAUUCACACCGAAAAAUCAUAUGUGAGGUAAACUUUAAACAGCUCGCUCAGUGGUGAGUAACCUGUAGGGCAGCUGACCGCUGUGUUAGCAAAGCUGCACGAUGUUGACGUGGAGCUGGAUACCGGACUGCACGCGUAAACCAACCUUUCUACUUGUUUGAGGAGUUAACAAAUGCGUUUCGAGAGGCUGAAAAAAGUUUGUUUUGUUUUUUUGUUGGGAAGGGCUGGCCAAAGAAUAAGCUAACUGUUGGCUAACGCUGAGCUGAAGCUUUCGUCAACUUUCCCAGUUCCUCUGUGCUAAGGUGUCGCUGAAAUACUGAAAGCACCCUCGAAGGUUGUCAGCUGAAACCAAACAUGUAGACUGUUCUUCUGGACGUUAAAUGGUGGAGUCUCGUUAAGAGCAGAGCCCUGUAAGUAAUGUAGGGUGGGGGCGAGUGUAACCUUUUGUCUGCUGAACUGCUCGAACACACCCACAGGUGUGGCGAUGACCCGAGGACGUCACGUUGCCCAGGCCUGAGGCCUCCUGAACAAGUAUUUCAACUUCAUAACUGCACCGACAGCGAGUGCAUGCUUUUCUCUGAAGCUCGGGAAGCCAACAGGACGUGAGAACUGACGAUUUUAACCGAGCUCUCACAAGCUCCGCGAGCAGACAUGGCAGCUGUGGUGGGCAAAGCGUGGGGGUGGGUCCGCUCAUGGGGCAGCAGCGGUGCCAGGUCAAAGGACACUAACGUUUUGACAGCUGAGCGCCAAAAGCUGCGUGGCAGUGGUGGUUGGGGCAUCAAGGCUUGGAUCUGGGGCUCAUGGGGACGUCAGCAUGAACUAAGCAGUCCAGUAGAGGAGUACUGGGAGGCACAGGAGAAGCUUCAGCCCAUUAAAAUUGAAGAUCUGGCGGCAGGGAAGCCAGAGGCUGAAACUGUACUGGUGCCUAGGUGGUGGGAUAGAUAUCUUCCAACUUCUUAUCUGUGGCCAAGGAAAACUGAGCUAAGUGGACUACGACACAGGAAACGUGACGGUGGGACUGGAGAUCCACGGGAACGUGAUACUGAUGGAGACUUUUCUGAUUAUGGAACCCCCCCUCCGUCCCCCACCCCUUCUCCCUCUCAGCUGACUUCUCCUUUUCGACUGUUUGCACACAGCUGGAACGUGGAGAUUGUACCAGAGCACUACGAGAUCUGCUUUAACUUCCUACGCCACUUGUUUGACCUGUUUGUUGUUGGCUUCCUGUGGACUGUGUCACCUCCUGCCAAGCUUAUCCUGGAGGUGCUGGGUGUCCAGGGAGCACUGAGACUGUGGUUUCAUGGUAUGGCUAUGUUUUUUGUCGCCACAGUUGGAAUGGCAGGAUUACUCUGGUUGAUCCAGGAGUAUCUCCUGCAGUUUGCCCUGAUCUAUGGCAUCAUUCAGGCGUUGGUGAUCUCUGUCAGUGUUCGACAGAGUGUGAUGCUAGGUGUUGAGGAAGAGAAUGACCAGACAGGAAAGGACACUGAUGACACGAGAGACACUAAGGAACACAAAGACAAGCCUGUGUCUGUCACAGACAAGGUAAAGACAAAUUAAAGGUGGAGAGAAUUUGCUGGCACCACCAGUACUCCAGCUGUAUCACACUUCCUCCAGCCCUCUGACGUCACAGCGGUGGGACUGAGACUGUGUUCUGCAGCGUAACUUAAGAAUUGUAUUGCACAUUAA